UAAUGGAUAGUUAAGAGGGUGAACUGUUUAGCAUUUUGAACAAAGUUACAGCAGAAACUCAGAAGACAGUAGCAUAUACAUUUUUUAAUAACAAACAUGCAACUAUGUACUGUAACUGGACCACACAAUUAGCACACAAUUUACUCAUUCCUUCUAUUGCAUCUUUAUGCAGACUCCUGCAUUCUCUUUAAAUGCUUCGUCAUAAAGUUUUCAACAGUACAGCUCCCUCCCUUUAGAAGAGCAUGCCUUCUGAACACGUGGAGGGCUUGUUUUAUCUCUACCACGCAUAUACUAUAACUGGCUUACAUCAGUCUCUUUGUGAUCAUAAAUGAGCAGGCGGUAAAACACAAAACAAGGAGAACAAGAUAUUAACUUGGAGAGAAAGGACAUUUCAUAAGACAGAAAUUAGGGUAAACUAAAAACUGUUCUAUCCGAGCGGACAGUUCAAGAGGUGUCGUGGUGUGGAUUCAGAAGAUGCUGGGAUGUGAGGGAGCAUCUGGGAUGGCGGUGAGAUACAAGAUGACUCUGGCUACAGGACUGCUGGAGUGCCUGUGUUUUGCUGGCGUUGUGUUUGGCUGGGCGUCUCUUGUGUUUGUACUGAAGACAGAUGGCUACUUCAGUGAUCUGUGCAUCAAUGGGACAGAUGCUAGUGGAGAAAUUAGUGCAGAUUGCAGUCAACAGGAUGAGACAUUUUCCUUGGUCUUUACUGUAGCCUCCUUUAUGAACAACUUUCUUACUCUGCCCAACGGGUUCUUAUAUGACCACUUUGGCACCAUGGCAACAAGAUUUUUGGCUAUAUUUCUUUAUACCACCGGAACCUUGUUAGUAGCAUUAUCAAAUGAAGCUCUCUCUAUCUUGCUUUUCCCUGCUCUAUCCUUCAUAGCUGUGGGGGGCAUUUUAUUCCUAAUGACAAAUAUGCAGGUUGGAAACCUUUUUGAUACUCAUAGAUCGACCAUUAUUACUGUCUAUAAUGGUGCCUUCGACUCUUCAUCAGUGAUCUUUCUCAUCAUUAAGGUGCUUUAUGAGAGCGGAGCCUCUCUCCGCUUCUCAUUCCUCUUCCUCUCGGCCUGUAAUCUCAUUCAUCUCCUUCGGACACUUUUCCUCAUGCCAAAAUCACACAUUCCCUAUCCCAUCCCAAAGAACUACAAAUAUGGGAUGAGCUGUGUGAAAUCAAACAGCUACAAUGUUGAGGAAUACGAGGUAAAGCGAGAACAGAGUAUUGACAGAGACAGUGGUGUAGAUGAUGAGCUACUGGAAACUGCAGACUCACUACAGCUCACAGAGAACACUGAGAAAGCCAGUUUUAAGAGCUGUGUUCUGUCCUGGUUCUUCCUGUGGCACUUGAUAUGGCUGUCAGUCAUGCAACUGCGUCAUUAUUUCUUCAUUGGAACACUGAAUCCAAUGCUGAACAAACUUGCCAACCAAGACCCAGCCAUUGUGAGCAAGUACACCAAUGCCUUUGCUUUCACCCAGCUCUGUGGAGUUCUCUGUGCUCCCUGGAAUGGCUUGCUAAUGGACAGACACAAAAGAAAACCCCUAGAACAAGGCGUGUCAGAACGGGAAGCAGACCUGCACUCGUCCGUCCUGUCUCUCCUCCUCACCUCUCUCCAGUGCCUCCUGUUCUCCAUCUGUGCAAGUGUUCCAUUCCUCCCUCUCCAGUACCUUACAUUCACCCUUCAGGUCCUUAACCGUUCCUUUCUGUAUGGAGGGAAUGCUGCAUUUCUCAGCCUUGCGUUUCCAGCCCAUCAUUUUGGGAAGCUGUAUGGUCUUGUGAUGUCCCUUUCAGCUGUGGUGUCAUUGCUGCAGUAUCCCUGCUUUGCCCUCAACAAAGCUCUUGGAGGAGACCCCUUCUAUGUGAACAUUGUCUUGACUGUCCUGACACUGCUGGCCUUCAUUCAUCCUCUCUAUGUGUUCCUUCACUGUAGACAGCUGGUGAAACAGAGAGAGAACUCAGCGAGCAUGUCAGAAUCCUCAGUGAAGGAAACAUCAAUGUAUUAAUUUCAAUUACAUCAUCUAUUUAAGUACUUAUGUUGAAAAUUGCCCUCAGGUAAAUAUGAAACAAUUGAAAUUCAAGGAAUUUCACUUGAUGAUUAUCUAUGUCUAUGUAUGCUUCUGUAAGUUUCAACUGACACAGGGAAUAGUAAGUAUUGAUUAUUGUUUAUCCACAAACUCAUAGUCAGCAAUUAAAUUGAUUUUUACAGACUUUAUAAAUAAAAUACAAUAAAAAUAACAAACAAGUGUUUUUGGAUUUCACUGUAGUCGGAAUGAACAAAGUGAUAUUUAGAAAAAAAAAUUGGUUUACACAUAAAAAUCAAAGAACAUAUGUUAUGUGGAGAUUACAUGGGUGUCAAAGACACAGGUCGUUACAAGGGAAGGGAUCUCCAGGCAAUUGUGUUCAAUAUUUCCAUACUCUGAAGUGAGGUGAUGUCCAGUUUUGCAUGAGGAUGAAUACUAAAACCACUGCUUCCGCAAGGAAAGCAUCUACACAGUCCUAUCAGCAACAUUCAGGAACAAGACCCAUUAGCCAAUGGUCUACUGUCCAAAACACUUAAUACCGAUAUACUGUAUUAUCCCCAUUGCAUUAAAAGUCCACAAUGACCAUGCACAUCUUAGAUAAUUUUGGUAGUGACUGUCCAAUCAGUGUGUUUCGAAACACUGAUUGAGAAGUAUUUAUCAACUUGUAGGGUAUGGCAUGUAUAAACAAUUUUAUAGAAAAUGUGUGCUUGUGGCUAUGGUUUGCACCCUUCAAGCUCUGAACAGGUGUGGAAACAUGGAAAAUAAUUUAAUUCCAGAAAAAAAAAAAACUUACUGAUUUGCUUAUGUCUGAUUUGAUCUCUGUCAUUGUAUAGCUUGGAUUCAAUUAUAUUUCAGAACAAAAAAAUAAAUAAAUGAUGAAUGUAUAGAACAGUUUCACUCUCUUUAAACCAAGCAAAUGUGUGGUCAUUAAACUAAGAAAUUGUGUGAAAUAAAGGUCUUUGGAUGGAGAAACAGCAUGGUAGUUAUUUAAAGGAGAUGCAUAGUACUACACUCUUCACAUUAGGAGGCAAACUGGUCGUUCUCCUCCUU